CGGGCCCCAGCCGGGCUUCCCGGGCCCCGCGCCCCACCGGGGCCAGGCAGGACGCGCCGCCUCCUCCCGAGCCCGGGAAGCGCACAGGCGAAGAGGAGGAGCCAGGCGCUCCGAGCGGGUGGACUCGGGAGCCCGGGAGCGGUGGAGGCGGAUUUCCUGGGCGCGGCUCUCUGGGGCUACCAUGGCGUUUGGGAAGAGUCACCGCGAUCCCUACGCAACCUCCGUGGGUCACCUCAUAGAAAAGGCUACAUUUGCUGGAGCUCAGACUGAAGAUUGGGGCCAGUUCAUGCACAUCUGUGACAUAAUUAACUCUGCCCACGAUGGGCCAAAAGAUGCAGUAAAAGCUUUGAAGAAAAGAAUUUCCAAAAACUACAAUCAUAAAGAAAUCCAACUUACCUUGUCACUUAUUGACAUGUGCAUACAGAAUUGUGGUCCAAGUUUCCAAUCUUUGAUUGUGAAGAAGGAAUUUGUUAAAGAUGGUCUUGUUAAGCUGCUGAAUCCCAGAUACACCUUGCCAUUAGACAUUCAGAAUAAAAUCCUGAAUUUCAUUAAGACUUGGUCACAGGGCUUCCCAGGGGGUGUGGACGUAAGUGAAGUAAAAGAAGUGUACCUUGACCUGCUUAAGAAAGGCAUUCAGUUUCCUCCUUCAGAUGCAGAGGGUGAAACAGCAAGAAAAGAGACUGCUCAUGUAUCUAAUCCGCCAACAUCUGUUCCUACUGCACCGGCUCUUUCUUCUAUAAUUGCUCCCAAGAACUCAACCAUUACGUUGGUCCCAGAACAGAUUGGAAAAUUGCACAGUGAAUUGGAUAUGGUGAAAAUGAAUGUGAGAAUGAUGUCCACCAUAUUAAUGGAGAAUACUCCUGAUUCUCAAAACCAUGAAGACAUAGAACUUCUGCAGAAACUUUAUAAGACAGGUCGGGAGAUGCAGGAGAGGAUCAUGGACCUCCUGGUGGUGGUAGAAAAUGAAGAUGUAACCGUUGAACUACUUCAAGUGAAUGAGGAUUUGAAUAAUGCCCUUCUUGGAUAUGAGAGGUUUACUAGAAACCAGCAAAGGAUUUUGGAGCAAAAUAAGAAUGGGGAGGAAGCCACCAAUACUGCCAGUGAGCCUUCUGCCCCAUCCUGUGAUCUCCUUGACCUAAGUCCCGGUCCCCCAACUCCUCGGGCCACUCUGCGAGGAAUCAGUGCCAUGAACGCUCAGCUUUCAGACUUAAAUUUCAGCACUCCAAGUCCUGUAGUAAAAAACAACUCAAAACCCAUUCUUCAUCCAGUCGUGGAUUUGCUAGCCUCUGAAAAUACAGAAACAUCCCUGUUUGCCCAAAGGACCAGCCAAAACCUCGCCUCAAGUCAUACAUAUCACAAUUUUCCAGAAUAUUCAGUAGUACUACAGCCGGUUAGCCUAGGGACCAUCUCAGCAACACCAUCAGACCAGAGGCUGCCACCCUUGCCCAGCAAUCAUCCAGCAAUGAGCAAAAAUGAUCUUCAGCCACCCAAUUACUACGAAAUAAUGGAGUUUGAUCCCUUAGCUCCCACUGUCACCACAGAAGCUGUUUAUGAAGAAAUUGAUGUUCAUCACCACAGAGGAACUCAAAAUCAUACUGAUUGUGGAGGUGAAGGUGGACAACCAGCUCCCUAGUGCCAGCUCUCAAAGGCUAGACCCUGUCCAGCUUUGAGGCCUGGGACACAAGAGCUACCAACACAUCAAAGCCAUGGUGAAUACUGGAAUAUUUCUCCUCUGCAAUAUUUUAAAGAGUUAACAGUCCCAGGGUAGCAUUGUGGUUCCUGACAACAGCUCAAGAUUUGUCUCAAAAGACCUGGUUUAUGACACGUAGUUACUUAAAACUUCAGCAGAAGAAAAAUAUUUUGUUCUUAGGCCUCCAGUUUAAUUACAAUGCAUAUGUUUCAUGGCCUUCCUACAUUUAGAAAAGAAAAUCACACUGCUGUGGUAAGAGUAGAUGAAGAGUAUUUCAUUACAAGAAAAUUCUGAAUAGAUAUAAGCAUGAAAUGUGAGAAACUAAAGAUAUUAUUCAGGAAGAAUACUGAGUGCCUUCAUUUAACUAAAUUGAAUGUAAAAGUCAAUUUGCACUUCUUUAUAAAUAAUACUGUUGUUUAGAAUUAUGAAUUAUAAAAACCCUGAUGAUUGUGGUUUAAUUGUAUUUCAAGUGUCCUGAACAGGUCACUGGAUUGUGUACUGCGUUGCCUUUAAGUAUGAUUCUUUAUAAUACACUAAAUGUUCUUUUUGUUUUCCUUUUUACUGUAAUUUAACAUUUCCCUUUGGAACAACAACUACUGGAAAAUGUUCAGAAUAAACUGUGGACUGGUUUACAGAAAUUACAAUGACAAAUAAAUUACUGUUAAAAUAAUUUAAUAUAUCAUUUUACAGUAUUUGUUCACCUUAGAACUUCUGAUGUCAGUAAAUGUACACAAUCUCACCCUUACAUUUUGACAUUCAGGGAUCUGGAACUAUCAUGGUAAGUGCCAGAAGUCUAGUAGAUGUGCUUAGGCAUUUUAUUUCAAUUUCAUGCCACCACAAUUUCAGAGUAAUUAUCUGUUUAGUACUAUGAAUGUACAAUAGAUCUUAGUGGAAAAAUAAAGUAGAAUUUAAAAUAAGAAUGUAGUCUUUGGGCAAGCUAUUAGGGUUCAAGUUACUUAGUGAUGUCUCUUCCACUUUGAGCUUUUAAGAUAGUUGUCUCUUCACACUGAAGGAAAGUAGCAAUUAGUUUCUUAAGAGAUAAUAAUAAACAUGGUCAGAAGUUCUGGCCUGUAGUCUAAAAUUAAAUAAUCCUGAGCAAAAAUUUCUUAAAAAUUCUCAGAUUCACUGCUCCAAGUAUGAGGGGCCAAUAAUUUGGAAGCAAACUGCUGAAUCAGCUGUACCAUACAGUCCAUAUCUGCAUAUAUAAGAAACAGUUUGUUUUAAUCUUAAGUAUGGUAUUGAAUAGUCACACAUUCUAAAUAGACAUUGUGGGUUCCUUAUGAUAAAAGUGGAAUCUUCUCAUAAUUUUAAGUGGAAUAAAUUAGUUAGAAGGGGAAAAAAAAGAACCAUCAUUAAAUAUUUAAAAUAGGUUCUAUAUUAUAGAAUAUUUCUCCUCUGAGAAGGCAAGAAACAUGAUUUUUAAAAAAUCACAAAUUUGAAGCCAAACUUAGCUACUGACUUCAAUUAUAACCUGGAACUGGCAAUCUGUGCCCUUCCUUUGCUUCAAAAAAAGUAUAAGAAAGAGUUAUGAGAUCAACAUUCACCAUUUUUGGAUCUUCAGCAAAUUCAGGAUCAAUGUAGAAAAACACUGGCAUAUCUACUUCCUCUUGUGGAUUAAGCCUUUGUUCUUCAAAACAGAAGCACUAGAAAUUAAAGAAUGAUACUUGUUUAAUAAGAUUUCUAUUCUAUUAUCUGUAACAGAAACCAAGAAAACAGUUCAUUAGUUGGCUUUAAUAAAAGCAUACUGUUAAAAUAUCUAAGUUCUGUGAUAGACUAAUGGCAUUUUUUCAUCUCAGACUGAGCUUUGCUUUUAAGGAUUGAGAAUCAACAAAUUCAUUCUUCUAAUCUUAAAAGCAGAUACCCAUUUAAUUUGGCUCUCAAUCUCUGCAUAGCUGGUAUAAACAAUGAAAAUAAAAGCAGCUAAAAGUUUAGAAGAAAAGGGUUGUCAGUAAUUAUGAGUAUCUACUAAAACACUGCAGUAAAUAUGGUGCUAAAGUUUUAUUUAUCUUUAUCAUAUUCUAUAAAGUUUAGAUUUAGUUGUACCUGUAUUUUAUUGAAAUACUGUCCAGCUUCAAAUGGCACAACAUUGUAUGUAGAAAUCCCAAUUAUUGGUUUGCCAGUAGGAUUCUUAGCUUUAUAAAAUGCCAGUGCAGUCUCUCCUGGCACUACCUGUUUUAAAGAAAAUAAACAUCAUCAAUAUUUAAA